GGAGAUCCUGACGUCGAUGUCAGUGCCGGUGGACCUGGCGAAUCGGGAGCAGUUGAUCCAGAGUGCCAGCACAUCGCUGAACUCCAAGGUUGUCUCAUCGGAGUCAGGCAGCCUCGCCUCGAUCGCCGUCGACGCAGUCUUGAAGGUGAUCGAUCCGUUGACGGCCACCAACGUGGAUCUGAACAACAUUCGGUUGGUCAAGAAGCUUGGGGCGACUGCUGAUGACACGGAGCUGGUCGACGGCCUCGUGCUCACCCAGAAGGUGGCAAGGGCCGCCGGGGGACCGACUCGCGUCCAGGAC